CAAGUUCUCCUCCCAUGCCUUAAAUACGGCGUUGAUAUCUUCAGCUGGCCAAAACGACUGGUCAGUUCUUGCACAUUACUCAUUGAAAGGGAAUAUUUUUAUUUUUAAGUUAACAGAUAGUUUUGUUUGACAUGUUGGAGAUGUUUGAGUACAGUCACUACCAGGUGCAAUCUCACCUGGAGAAUCCAUCUAACUACCACCACCAACAGAACCAGAGGCAGCAGGUAAAGAAUUACUUGUCCAGUGCGCUAGGAGCUAAGCUAAGCCCGCAGGCCAGCACAAGGCCCGUCCCCAGACAGCCUUCAGAGCACGGCAUGCCCCCUGGACCGGGAACCAGUGCACCCAAUAGCCCUAUGGCCCUUCUCACCCUCAACUGUGAGAAAGAGAUGGACGAUGUAAUCGAAGACAUCAUCAGUUUGGAGUCAAGCUACAAUGAUGACAUUCUUGGAUUUAUGGAUGCUGGACUUCAGAUGACUAAUACGAUUCCAGUUUCUGCGAACAUAUUGGAUAUGUACAACAAUCAUCCUCUUCCUCCGGCUGGGGUUGCCAUUAGCAACACCUGUCCAUCUAACCUACCGGCCGUGAAAAGGGAAUUAUCCGCUACCCCAGCACCUGGCAUGAUGCACAUAAUGGAGAAGCCCGGACCAUGUGGCAAUUUUGACUCUUAUCAAAGGCCUGAAGGCUUUCCAGUAGAAGCUGAGGUCAGAGCUAUGGCAAAGGAGAGACAAAAGAAAGACAACCACAAUCUAAUUGAACGAAGACGGCGGUUUAAUAUAAACGACAGAAUUAAAGAGCUGGGAACAUUAAUUCCCAAGUCCAAUGACCCAGACAUGAGGUGGAAUAAGGGGACCAUUCUCAAGGCUUCGGUGGAUUAUAUUAGGAAACUGCAGAAAGAGCAACAGAAAGCAAAAGAACUCGAGAACCGACAGAAGAGACUGGAGCACGCCAACAGACAUCUUUUGCUUCGAAUUCAGGAGCUUGAGAUUCAAGCCCGUACUCACGGACUCACUGUAGUGUCCUCUUCCACGCUUUAUUCCUCCGAUCUGGUAGCUCGAGCGAUCAAGCAGGAGCCCAGCAUGGGGGACUGCACCUCAGAUCUCUACUCUCACCUUCCCAGCCCUGACAUGUCCCGACCCACCACUCUAGACCUCAACAACGGCACCAUCAGCUAUGACAGCCCCGCAGAAGAACAGGAACAAGGGGUCUACGGCAGUCCCAACAAAACCUCCGCCAGGCUGGGGGACAUGAUAAUGGACAACACUUUGUCUCCAGUGGGCACCAAUGACCCCCUGCUCUCAUCUGGCUCCCCUAUCUCUUCCAACAGCAGUAUGGAUGAACAUGACAACAUCUGUUAGCAUUGCGAACAAACUCAGAAGAACCAAAGUUAGAUGAAUAGAUGUUUAUAUAUUGUGAAAUAGGGUUUGUAUGCACAAAGCUAUAUCACGAGAAUUCGUGCAUAUUUUAAGAGUUGGCUAAUUCUUAUUAAUUCAUACGACCACAUUUAUACGUUUUUGUACGAUUUGCCUUGACCCCUGUGAUGUUGGGGUUAGGUGCGGGGUUAGGGGUUAAGUUUUGUUGUUGUUCUUUUAAUGAUAAUCGUACGUUUUUGCACGAUUAACAUCAUAUUAAUUCAUAAGAAUUAGCCAACAAAUAUGUAGGAAUUCUCGUAAGAUCAGGCUUUGGUAUGCGAUGUGGUUUCCUUUUAAUCCAAAUGAUGCAUAACAUGAAGAACACAAUUAAAGAUGGUAUUUAUCUGGUAUUUUUUGUAUAUUUAUAGUAUAAAUAUAGCACUGUAAAAAAAUAUUUGUUGGUCCAACUUAAAAAAGUAAGUAAUCUGUUUGCCUUACAAUAGUUCAUUACAAAUAUUAGUUAAUCAAAAAAGUUGUGUAAAAUGUUUGUGUUAACAAAUACUCAUAAUUUUAAGGCAACCAGGUAACCUACUUUUUUAAGUUGAACCAUCUUUUUUAUAUAUUCAUUUUAUGAUUUUGAAGUGUACUAUAUUAGAAUGACAGUUUGCUGAUCUUUUAUAUGAAUUGCAAAACAAGAAAAGUGGAAUCGCACCAUAAAACCUUGACUAUCUUUUUAGAAGAAACUGUUUUUAGAGCAUUGCUGUUAUUGUAUUUCUUAAAGUUAGAUAAGCUGACUCUGACAACUGUAGCAUAUAAUAUACAACACAUUAUUUCAAAGCUCUACCAAAGUUUCAAGUUCUCAGACUUUAUCCAGAAAUGCAGCUACUUUUCCUGUAAAAGUAUGGGGUAUAUUUUAGGGUGGAGUAAUUUGCAAAUUACUAAAUGUGCCAAAUUUGAUUUACUUUUCAAUCUUUUACAUGACUUAAAGACCCAGCUUGAAAUUACCCCAAGAUAUUUGUAUACACUGUAAAAGAUGAAAUAUUGGUUUGACUUUUUAACAUUUAAAAUUAUAGCUAAAAUUGUAAGUUUAUUCAACUAUGAGUUAUGAAAUGUAAGUGAAAUUUUACAUUGAGAAAAUGUUAUUAAUUAAAGUCAUUUUUUUACCAUGCAAAUAGGUUUAUAUGGAAUAUAAUUUUAAAAGUAAUAGAAUAGAAGUAAUAGGUAUAAAAAUCUGUAUUAUUUUCACCAAUGUUUUUCUAGGGGCUGUACCUUUUUAUCAUAAAAUACAUCUCGUGCCUAUUUACUUGUUGGAUCACACAAGAGACCAAGCAGUGAAUUUUUUUGUAAUAACCUUAAGUUAACCCUUAGAUGUAGUUUCUUGAGUUUAGAGUCUUAUCUGACACAAUGUAAAGCAUUUCUUGUUGCACUUAAUUUUUUAAGUAUAAUCAACUUAAAUUCAUUUAAACUUUCUUGACUAGUAAGGAGUUGCUAUAAAUUAAGUCAAGAAAGUUCAAAUCAAUUGUAAAAUAAAAUAUAAGUGCAACAAAGUAUUUUUUUACAAUGCAUGUAAGCUAAUGUGGUUUGUAGAGAACUGCAACCACAGAUUUCUAUUGAGUGUUCUCAUAUACAUGCUGCUGAAAAAGAUAUUUGUCU